GUUACCAGCAGAGACGCUCCAAGAUGGUGAAAUUUGGGCUGCAGUUCAAAUCCACUUUGGAGAACGUCACAAACGUGCGACCGGUUGGCGACGACUUCCGCUGGUUUCUAAAGCUGAAAUGUGGCAACUGUGGUGAGAUUCCAGAUAAAUGGCAGUAUGUAACCCUUGUGGAGAGUGUACCACUAAAGGGAGGGCGAGGCAGUGCCAGCAUGGUGCAGAAGUGUAAACUCUGCGCCAGGGAAAAUUCUAUUGACAUCCUGGGAGAUACAAUCACACCUUACAAUUUAGAGGACAGUGAGCGCUUCAAGACAAUGGUGCAGUUUGAGUGCCGAGGUCUGGAGCCAGUUGACUUCCAACCACAGGCUGGCUUUGCUGCACAGGGAGCAGAGUCAGGAACACAGUUUCCUGAAAUCAACUUGGAAGAGAAAGACUGGACAGACUACGACGAGAAAGUGAGUGAGUCGGUGGGCAUAUAUGAGGUCACACACCAAUUCAUCAAGUGUUGAUGUCCUCCCAUGACAAGCCCAAGUGAUGGGCUGAAUAAUACUGCAGCCAAAUAUCCAAGGGCAUGUGGCCUGGUAAUAAAUACACUUCAAGUGCUGAGGCAAAGCGGUUUAUGAUGAGCAUGAAGUGGUGUGGCUGAUCAAGUUGGGAUGUCUGUACAAAUAUCUUGGAUUGAAUACAUUAGAUGGACUGGACUUUUUCACUUCCUCAAUAAAGUUGAACAUUGAGAAAAUUUACCCUAGUUGAAGAUGUUCUGUAGAGUAUUAAAGGACUUAGGCCUCUUUGACUCAAUGGAAAAAAGUUAAAAAAAAAGAAGUAUCUUCUGAUAUUUUGAAAAGUAAGAGUCUGUUUUGUAAAUAAAGAAUUUACACCGAUAAGUUUUUUGGAAUACUCUCAUCUUAAACAGGAAGUUAAUGUGUUGAAGAUAGCAAACCAAGAAUAAAAACAUAUUCCUGUUUACUGUGUUUGUAUCAUA